AUAGUUGCUGCAUCUAGUUGAAACUCGAAGGGCGAAGCAAAGGUUGAUUUGUGUAGAUAUUAUCUAGUCACAGACGUCCUCGUCUCGCACCGGUCGACUCUCAAGUGAUCAUUAGAUCGCUUGGCUGGCCUGACUAUGCAGCUAUGCUGAGACCUGAGUUGUGCACCCAAGCAUGGAUGAAUGCACAGGGCUUGGGGGUUUGGGUCUAUUGUUGUGUGCACGCAGCCUCUAGCCCAUAGUACAUGUAUAUUCUAUGCUCCAACCAAGGAGGUAGUUGCUCCAACCCAUCCCACAGUAGUACAUGUAUGUAGGGAGCAGUCUCGCGUGCCCCAGACUGUGGUACAUUUUACCACACUACAUAGCUAUUGCAUGGACCUUCUACUCCAACAGAGUGGUUUGGAGAGAUGCUGAGAAACAAUUAAAUCAGUUUGACCAAUUCUUGACCAACAUUGAAGGCAUUGAUGUUCAUUUCAUCCAUGCUAAACCCAAACUAAAACCUGGACAGAAGGCUAAGCCCAUUAUCAUUAUUCACGGCUGGCCAGGUUCAGUCUAUGAAUUCCACAAGAUAAUACCUAUGUUGACUGAUCCCACAAGCCAUGGAGGGUCAUCUGACGAUGUCUUUGAGGUCAUCUGUCCAAGUAUUCCUGGUUUUGGAUUCUCAGAAGCGCCUCAUAGGAAAGGUUUUUCAGUGGAUAAUGUAGCACGAGUGAUGAAUAAAUUGAUGCAGAGGUUAGGGUUCAAGAGCUACUAUGCCCAGGGAGGUGAUAUGGGAACAGCAAUCACUGUCAACAUGGCUAUUAUGUUUCCUGAUAACGUGAAAGGACUUCAUAAUAAUGACCUUGCUCAGGUGAGCGGUAAAUCCUUUCUUUACCCUAUGCUUGCAAACUUGUGGCCAUCAUUUUUCUUACCGAAGGAAGAAGAAAGAAAUGCCCUCCUUGGCAUCGGAGAAAGGAUAAAAUUUAUUAUCACAGAAAUGGGAUACAUGUAUGACUUUGGAACAAAACCAGAUUCCUUAGCAAUGGCUUUAAAUGACUCUCCAAUGGGCCUUGCCUCAGUUAUUCUGGAGAAAUUCUCCAUCUGGACCAAUCGUAAUUGGAGGAAUUUUAAAGAUGGUGGUCUCACACAAGCUUACAGUAUGGAUGACCUCUUGACCAAUGUCAUGAUUUAUUGGGUUAAUGGUAAUAUAGCAUCCUCUGUGCGACUCUUCAAAGAAGAAUUUGGUGAAAAUGCAAAAGGAUAUCACUUUGAGUAUUCCAGCCGUGUUCCCUUUGGCUAUGCCUGCUUCCCUUAUGAAUUUAUGGCAACAUCAGAUUGGCUUAUGAAGAUAUUCCAUCCACGGAUUCUUCACUUCACAUACUUCAAUGACGGCGGUCACUUCCCAGCAUUUCAAGUUCCAUCCUUGUUAGCCCAAGAUAUUAGAGAGUUUGUAAGGAAGGUAGAAGCACUCUAAUGUCUUUAGGAGUAAAGCAAUUUCAGUCAAAAGAUAAGAAAGUUUGAAAUAUUUAAAAUUGCAAUGAAUAAAAAAUUGGCAAAUUUGUAGUGCCAAAACUUUAAGAACUAUAAGUUUAUGUGUAGUGUGAAUAUAAUUCAUGGGUACUGUAUUCAUGUUAUUUCAUUUAGACUUAUGUCAGAAAUCUUUUAGAAUCUCCCAUCAUUGGAGAUUGAAAUUCUAGUAUGCAUGUAGUUUGGUUCUAAACAAAAAAGCACAUUCUUAGAGGAGAAUGAUACCCUAAACACAAAUAAGCUUGUUUGAAACAGAUAAAUCAAAGAAACAAAUCUAUGAAAGUUCGAGACAAUCUAAGCAAAUAAUAGGAAAGUUAUGAGCAUUUGAAUGUUUUGUACAUCCUUCUAUUGUCAUUAUGACCAACAUGUGUGACAUCACAGUUGUACAACUCCCCAAUUACUUUAUAUUUUACAUAAAUAGUUUUUUUUUCAUGUGAGGACAUACUAUAGGGGUUCCAUAAAAUAUAUCAUGGACAAAGAGUUGCUACUAUCAUAAGAAUGAGCAAACAUAGAUGUUUUGGGGUAUGUUUUCAGUGAACAAAGGGGAGAGUUGUACUUCUGUGAUAUCAUAAAUCUUGCUUUCAUUGCCAAUGGGAGAAUCUCCAUAACAUUAGUGAUUUCAUAAUUUAAUUGUUCAUAACUUUCUUGUUGUUUUUCAAAUUUUUCUUGAAAUUUUAUUGAUCAUAUUCUUUUAUUUCUUUGUUUUUUAUACAAGCUGACUUGAUACAAAGAUUUCAUUCUCCUUCCUAAUUAAGGACUUUCCUUGGCUGUGUUUUCCAUUGGUAUAUACAUUUUCAAGAAUACCUACCCAUAAAGACCACCUGCCUGGUAAAACUGCUAAGGUUUCCUGCUGGAAUCAAUCACACAUAAUAUUGUACACCUAUUGACCUAAAAUGAUAAGUUAUGAAAAUAAGAAGUACUCUAUAAUUUCAUUCUGUAUGUUUCUUGUAAUGCAACCCCAUCCACUGUUAAUGAUGAGGUACAAAUUACUGAAGAGUUUAAUUACAUGUUUGGUUGAAUACCAGUAUUCACAUUGAAGACAUAGUUUGUAUUCUACCUUUUCCCACUCAUAAAAUGACUUCACAAUAUGUUACAAAACAAUUAUAAAACUAUAAAUUAUUCAAUAAUAUCAUGAUUUUGACAAAAAAUAUCUAACCAAUUCUAUAAUUUAUUAUGGUUUUUCAAUAAGGUGUUAUAGGCUAUAAUACAGCGCUGUGUCUUUAUAAUAGGUUUAAGUUGAGAGUAUAUCCCUUUCCUUAUGAAUAUUUAAAAAAAAAAAUAAUUUGUUACGGCAGUUUUCUCUAUUAAAUCAAGUUGACCUAAACUGAGGACAAAUUUGUAUGUCUGAGUUCAAACCAUGUAUUAUCGAAGGGGUGGAUUCCAUUACACCCAUACCCCUUACACCCCUUCUCCUCAUUUAGUCUUAUUGCAUUCACCUUUUUGAAAUUGCCUUUAUGAGUAUAGUUCAUGUAUGCGUUCUUAUUUUACUUUUAAAGUUAAUGUAAUUUUUCAAAGCAGGUUUGGACAAGAUGUAUCUUAGCUUGAGAUAAAUUUUAAUGUUAAUGACUUAGUUUGCAUGAUGUUUAUUUAGCAAGAUUGACGAUGAUUCCCCCCCGAAUCAAAUGAAUUUGAAUAAAAGGUUAUGAACAUGUAUUAAUCAUGGCAAUGAUAAGGAAACGUUCUGUAUGACAGUCAGAUAGUGUGCAAAGUGAUUGUAUGAUAGUUCAUAUUUCAAUCAGUUCAUUGAUUCAUCUAUUCAACUUCUAUUCACACAAAUAAAAAUGUAAUGAAAAUGUUUGACACUUGAUUAAUGAUUUUAAAAGGGGUUCAUAUCCUUCAUCAGCAAAGUUUAGUGGCGAUGAAAUGUUGAUUCUUGUUCUGAAGAUGUCAAGAAAUUAUGUGAAUUUAAUGCCUUCCACUAGAUUAUAAGCUUUGACUCCCACCCUCAUGUGUCCUCUGAAUAACUUUUAUAUCAUUACUAUCAUGUACUUAGUGAUUAACAUUCAGAUUUAACAGAGGGUAUAAUGUUUCACCAUUAUAGUAUUAUUUCUCACCACCUACUAGAUCUCAAAGAUUUCAUAAUUUUGAAAGAUUCAUUCCUUUUGUGUUUGGUUUUUCUUUUCUGCUUAUAUCAAAGCAAUAUAGAUGUUGGUAUUGAGAUAAAUCUCCCUUUAACAAACAUAGCUUUAACCACGUUUACAACAUUUCAAAUCCAUGAAAUAUUCCAAUUUAUUUACUAUGGCAAUUACUAGCAGCUGAACAGGUUCCAAUAAAGUGUGUGAUUCAAAUAAAUUUUUUAGAUAAGUGA